AUGGACACUAUCAGACAACUCAACAUGACCAAGAGUGCCUACAACAGUUUCGAAGUACAGUGGAAUAGCCACAGAACUGCGCUCGCUGUGCUCUUUUCCAACGUGAGGAACUCCCAAAGGCUACAUGAAAGGGCUGAAGGAAAUAUCUUGCUUAUGAACGAUAUUAAGCAUGAGUAUGCAGUGACAGCUGGUCAACUCAUUUUCCUCAACUCAAGAGAUUCGCCUAUUACUAGUGGCUAUAUAACUGGCUUGACGCGUCAGCUGGAAGCAAAACUCAAUGAACUCGAGCGACUAUUUCCUCAGUUAAUUGUCCAUGGAGGAAGGCCGACAACCUUUGGACACACCACAAUGCAGCAAUACUUUGAUGCAAUUAAAGAUGAAUGCCACAAAAUAUUGGUUAAAAUCUUAAGACAACUAAUUUUUUCCAUUCUCAUGAACGAUAAUGAGCUUCGUAGGCCCAAUUCGACUGGAAUUGAUAAAGCUGCUAGGCUGCUAGUAUCCAUUGCCUCCUCUACAAAGAAGGCUGGACUAGUAGUAGAUAGCAUUAACAAUUUUGUCGAUAGAAACUUUGGAGGGGAUCACAGUAAAAAAGUGCCCAGUGUCGCAAUUGAGCUGCAAAGGCUCAGAAACAAUCAAGAUGCUGAUUUCUUGAGACUGUCUCAAGGAAUGAAAGACUGGCAUACCCUUAGAAAGUGUGUCGAGGAAACAUCAAUUCUUGUUGAAGAGGCACAGAGAUACGAGCAGAACUUAAUCGCUCGUAUUGAUGGCAUCUAUGAAGCUGCUCGCUAG